UCCGAUCUGUAUUGCUUCCAUGUACGAAUAAUUAAUCUAAAAACAAAUGAUCUGCCGAAUCUUCAACCCCGCGCGUGCCCCUCAUCCAGCUUCCGUCUGGCAGUUCGGCUCUCGCGUGGUGACGUCUGCGGGGUCAAAGUCUACCCGUGAAAUGGAGCCGGUGGGUAAAUAUUCUCGAAAUGACACCCCGGCGAUGGGGAAAACUACCGUUGCAUCGGCGCAUAACUGGCACAUAUGUCCGGCACGAUGCGAUCCCGCUUGCGGGGUCAGGUCGGCUCCCAUAACAUUCAGGGUCCAUACGACAACCUUCACCUUCUUCUUCACUCCAUAAGAGACUUGCAACUGUUAGUUUUACAGAAUUAGAGCUAAAGAUGAGUCGCCAAUUCAACAAGGUCGUAAUCGUCGGAGCUGGCCCAUCCGGCCUCCUCCUCGCCCUGCUGCUCUCCAAGCACGGCAUCCCCGUUCACAUCCUGGAAGCUCAGGACCAUCUCGACCAGCAACCGCGCGCCGCCCACUACGGUCCCGCCGCCAUUCCCGAUCUCAAGCGAGCAGGUAUCUUGGAGGAAGUCCGCCGCCGCGGCAUGACGCUGAACAAGUUUGUAUGGCGCCGACUCGACGACCACGGCGUCAUCACCGGGUUCGAUUCGGGCGUGCUCCGCGACGUCGACGGCCAAGAUCUGAGAACAACCUGCCUCGUCCUGCAAGAGCUCGACCAGCUCAUGCUCGACGAGUUCUUGAACAAGUACAACGGGACCAUCAGCUGGGAACACCGCGUCGUCGGUCUCGGGCAGGAUGAGACCCGCGCCUGGGUCGACGUCGAGACGCCCGGCGGAAAGGAGGAGAAGAAGAAGCGCAUCGAGGCCGAUUACAUUAUCGGCUGCGACGGCGCCAACAGCGCCAUCCGCAAGGGACUCUUUGGAGACGAGUACCCCGGCUGGACGUGGGAUCAACAAAUAGUCGCGACGAACACAUACUACGACUUUGCGGGGAAAUUCGGCUUCCACGACGCAAACUUCAUCAUCCACCCGGACCACUUCUUCAUGGCGGCCAAGAUUACGAGCGACGGGCUGUACCGCGUGACCUACGGCGAGGAGCCGAACCUCUCGCACGAGGAGCUGAAGGCACGCCAGCAGGAAAAGUUUAGGACGAUGUUGCCGGGCCACCCGGGGCCCGAUGAGUAUAGAGUGGUCAACUUUGCGCCAUAUAAGAUGCACCAGCGGUGCGCGCCGCGGUUCCGCGAGGGCCGGUUCAUGUUGGCGGCUGAUGCGGCGCACUUGUGUAAUCCCUGGGGCGGGCUGGGGAUCACGGGCGGGUUCGUUGAUGUCGGGGGGUUGUACGACUGCCUUGCGGGGAUCUGGGACGGGGUGGCGGAUGAGGGGAUACUCGAGCUGUAUAGCGAGAAGAGGCGGGAGAAGUGGAAGACGAUUAUCGACCCGAUUUCGCAGGAGAAUUUUAGGAGGGUGUCGGAUGCGGAUCCGGGGACGAGGUUGGAGAGGGAUGGGUUUAUGCAGAUGUGUGUGCGGGCAGAGAAGGAUCCGGGGUUUAUGAAGGAGUUGAUGAUGGGGAGCUUUGAGGUGAGGUAUGAUUUUACGCAGCAUUAUAAGAAGGUGAAUGGUCAGUAGUGAGGGGCGUCGAUCAGGAGCCAUUUGCCUCGGUGGAGUGGGUUCCGUUUUGGACAUAGGGUUGAGAGACAGUAUCUAUGCCAAGGCAUUUGUCAAGCGUGUCACAAUCCCGCAAACUGUACGCCUACAGGACUAAGCUCACGACACUUCGGUUCAGCAACGUAUAGCUUACACCAGG